CUGUUUUGCACGUGGAGGAGAACGUUCACCAACAUGGCCGCGUGCAGUGUGGAGGAGUUGUUAGCUAAAGCCGAGCAAGAAGAGGCUGAAAAACUACGAAGUAUCACCGUCCACAAAGAACUGGACCUGGACUUCGACAUCGGUAACCUGCUCGCUUGUGACAAAAACCGAAUCGAGUCCCGGGACUUCAGGGGACAGAAGAAGGAGGACUUCUUGCGGGGCUUAGCCCGAGACAACACUCAGCUUCUCAUCAACGAAAUAUGGAAGCUGCAGACGGAGCGGGUUGAGGAGGUGAUAGUCGCGAAACUACCGGAACCGACCACCCGGCUGCCGAGGGAGAAGCCCCCACCGAAGCCCAGACCUCCGACCAAGUGGGAGCAGUUCGCCAAAUUGAAAGGCAUACAGAAGAAGAAGAAGACUAAUCUGGUUUGGGAUGAAACUGCGAAGGAGUGGAGGAGGCGCUGGGGCUACAAGAGGGCCAAGGACGACACGAAGGACUGGCUGAUCGAGGUACCGGAGACCGCAGACCCGAACGAGGACCAGUUCGCCAAACGCGUCAAAGCCAAGAAGGAGCGAGUGGCCAAGAACGAGCUGAACAGGCUGAGAAACAUCGCCAGGGCGCAGAAAGCCAAAAUCCCCGGGGUGGGCCUGCUCCCCAAGACCCAGCAGUCCAAAGACGAGCUGUCCAGAGCCGUGUGCGUGGCCAGGACCUCCACAGCGUCCGCCGGCAGGUUCCAGGAGCGCCUGGCCAAGGAGAAAGCCCCCAAGAACUCGGGCAAGAAGAGGAAGUUCGAGCCUCUGAUCGGCGACUUCUCCAGCGAGAAGCAGCGACAGCUGGACCUGCUGAAGGUCCUGGACAGUAAGAGACCCAGGCUGGACAUCACCAAGGCUGUGAACACACAGAUGAGACAGGAGGACAGGGAGGAGGCCGCGGCUAAAUACAAGGGCAAGAAGGGCGCUGGAAGGAAAGGAGGCAAAGGAAGGGCUGGAGGAGGAGGUGGGAAGGGAGGAAAGGCAGGAAGAGGAGGUGGGAAGGGAGGAAAAGCAGCAGGAGGAGGAGGAGGGGGGAAGAGGAGGGGAAAACCUGGGAAACGCUGAGGACUCAGGUGACCUGGACCAGAGCUGGACUUCAAACCACCCUGAAUGUGACUGGGUUCUGGUUCUGCUGGACAAACUGAAAUACACUUAAUGAUGCAGAACAAAACAGCUUUUUGUUUUUAUUUCACAUCGAUACAGAACUCAAAGUCUUUAUCCAAUUUAAAAAAAAAAUGGACUAAAAAUUUGACAUAAAUUUGCAGRUUUAAUAAGAUUUUUAUGAAUGUGAGUCGUUAGGUGUUAAAUGUUUUAAAGUGUCCACUGUCGCCAUUUUUUCCCUCCAUAACUUAUGAGUUAAACUAUUUGGAGCAAAAAUUCUGUUGCUGAAGUUUAUAGAGAAGCUUUAAAAACUACUGACAGCUUAUCAUUAAGAGCUGUUUAAUGACUAUAUUUUUCUGUGUGCAACACCUGUCAAACUUCAUUUUCCUGAAUUAUAAAAGUGUCAGUGUUUUUAUCUCUAAAACACAUGUCUUGUUUGGGAUUAUAUUGUCAAAGUUUAUAUAAAUGAUGACAAAUUAUAAAACCUUGAGAAUUUAUUUGAACUA